CUUCUCCUUCUAGCUUCGUCGCAGUGUCAUUCUUUCACAGUCACGGUAGAGAAGAGAGAGGAAAGGCAGAAUGCAAUCGCUACAGGAUAAGGCGUCGGAGUGGAGUGGCGUGGACCGGAACGACGCGUUCGCUAUUGACGACACCAACCUCUUUGAGAAGCUUGGUCUCGACACUUUCGUCAACCUCUCCACCAAUUUCUAUAACAGGGUUUAUGACGAUGAAGAAGAGUGGUUUCGAACAAUUUUUGCGAAUUCAAAGAAAGAAGAUGCCAUUCAGAAUCAAUACGAGUUCUUUGUGCAGAGAAUGGGAGGUCCUCCCCUGUAUUCGCAGAGAAAGGGCCAUCCUGCUCUCAUUGGACGACACCGCCCAUUUCCCGUAACUCACCAAGCUGCUGAGAGGUGGUUAAACCACAUGCAACAAGCAUUAGACAGCGUGAAAGAUAUUGACACAGACUCAAAAACCAAAAUGAUGAACUUCUUUAGGCACACUGCAUUCUUUCUUGUGGCUGGAAAUGAGUUGAAAAAUCCAAAUACAGGAGGCGUUCCUUGCAAGCACGCCGCCGGCAAACCGGCUGCGGAACCCACAACAUGAUUUCUCAUUUUGAUUCAUAUGGGUUGAAAUUGAUAGGAUACUGUAUUUAAACUUCAUUGGGUCUUAUGUGUGAUGGUGUAUGACAAAUAUGAUCAUUAACAUUUUCAUCAAGUAAUCUUGGAAAUCCAAGUUCUUAAAGUCUACUUAGUGUCUGUAAGUUUAUGGUGCCAAUUCAGUUCCAUCCAUUAUGGAUGGAUCUUAUAAUAAUAUAGUUUAAAGAUUAA